AUAGAGUGCGCUUUUUUGUUUUAAUUUAACCUCAAACGUCAAAUUUGACACUUCCAUUUCUUUCCACUCCUACAAAGAAAAAGUUCACCACCCGGUUAAAAUUAUCGUUAAUUUCUAUUAAAAAGCUUGUUUUAAACCGCAAAUCUUAUUAAAAAUCGAUCCAUUACUUACAAAUACCUAAAUUAGUAUCAAACGUAAUCAAUUAAUAAAGAAAUGUCGAAAUUAGAAGACCAACUGCUUCAAGUAACGAAGGUAAUUGAAAAGCAAGUAGAUGCGGCUAUCGAAAAAAUAGAGAAUUUAGAUGUAAACGAUAUAGAAAAUAUACGACAACAACGUAUUAAGGAAUUAAAAGAAAAGGAGCAAAAACGUAUAGAUUGGUUGGCAAAUGGUCACGGACAAUACGAUGAACUCAAAGAAGAAAAGCAAUUUUUCGAAAUUAUCAAAAAAUCCGACAAUAUCGUGCUGCAUUUCUACACAAACACCAAUGAGCGAUCGAGAAUAGUUGAUAUGCACAUGAAAAAAUUGGCCCCAAAGCAUAUAGAAACCCUUUUUACGAAAAUAAACGCUGAGAAAUCUCCCUUUUUAUCCGAAAGACUCAAAAUUAAGAUAAUCCCAACGAUUGUUUGUAUCCAAAAAGGGAUUUUGGUUGAUAAAAUUAUUGGUUUUUCCACUUUAGGGAAUCGAGAUGAUUUCACCACCGAUGUUUUUGAGUGGAGAAUCGCUCAAAAUCAAGUUAUUGAGUAUGAAGGUGAUUUAACGAUUCCCCCUGGGGAACAAGUUGAUAAAUCUAUCUAUAAAAGUGGGAGGAAGAUUCGAAGUGGAAUUUUUAAUGGGGAAGAUGAUGAUCUUGAUGUUGAAGAGGUUCUUGUUGGAGAAAAACCAACUCAAUCUUACGAGUUAACCGCUGAAGAAGAAGCUGAGUUGGGGCUUUAACUUUUUUAGUAUUAACAAAUUAAAUUUUUUUUAAAUUUUUAUAAAAAAUACUUAUUAAUAAAUAUUAAAAAUUAUAAUCACAAA